AUGAGUCCGAUCCUAGCAAUACGCAGCAAGAGCCCGAUGAGGUUUCGAACUCGAAGGUCGCUGCGGUUGCGUCCGGCGACAUGGAUGCGUUGGCUUGGCUGCUUGGUUUUCGCUUUGAUUGUCAUCGAGACGUACUCUUGCCUCUCUGCUCAUCCUGAACUGUCGCUCCUCUCUAUUUUCGGCUCGUGUCAGAAACCGGGCGUCAUUCGGCCUGGUCAAUAUCGAGAAACGUAUGGUAUUCAGUAUGUGCCUGGGAAUCCCGAAGACGAUGAAAGUACACUAGAGAUGGAGGUUGAUGUGGAUGAUAUGGGCUUUGUUCAUUCAAAGAGGGACGAGCGGUUCUACCUCGGCGGGACUUUGACCCUCACCAGCACGAACGUCUUCAACUUUCCCGACGAUCCUCCUCACCCCACCCCGUCCAUCUACGAUCCCUACCCCGAUUACAACAGCAAGAAAUGGAAGAAAGAAAACCACGGAGUUUUCCGACCAUGCCUGGGCCCACGAGGUCGAGAUCUCGAUCGAACCCGAUUCGAAGACAUGAUGCUAGUCUACAAAGGGAACCAAAUCGGAUUUCCCGAGCCUCGUUUCGGGUCCUACGAAGCCAUGGAGCUGGAUGGGAAUGUCUGUACGGACCGAUACUCGCGGUUUGGUGCUUAUGGCUACGAUGAAGAGAGUCAGGAGGAUGUUACCGGUUUCACUCGACCGCCGCAGGUGCCUUGGUCCGACAUUGAUUGGUAUCAACUGCAGUCUCUCUGCUUCGAGAGAAAUGCCGACCGGUACCACCCCAGCUCGUUGAUCAAUCACUCAGGAGUACGGCCGCUGUCAUUCGAGCUCCGACAGCCUCCACGCAAGACCUACGAUUCGUACGAUGUCCCGCUCCCUGGUCAGAAACGGUAUCAUAGUCGAUCUGCGCUGCUUAUUCGAGCCUGGCAUACGAUGAUCUGGACGGCGAACCACCGUGAAUAUCUGCGGGCUUUGAUAAUGGAGUUGUCUUUGCAUUCUGGAGCGGAAUAUGAGGUGUUUCUCCUUAUUCAUGUCAAGGACGACGAUCUUCCCAUAUUUUCAGAUGCGAGGACCAUGGAUCGGCUCCGGAAGUCCAUUCCGCCAGAAUUCCGCAGUAUGGCCUUGUUCUUUAACAAUAAGCUGCUUGAGGCGUGGUAUCCCAAGAUUGCCGAGCACAGUCCUAUUCUACAGCAUCACCAGCCUCUCGAAAUAUUCUCACAGCUAUAUCCCAAUUUCGACUUCUACUGGCAGUUAGAGAUGGAUGGCCGUCACACUGGACAUGUCUAUCACUUCCUCGAUAAAGUGAUCUCCUUUGCCAAGAAACAGCCACGGAAGUACCUCUGGGAGCGAAAUGCCUACUUCUACACCCCUGGCACACACGGACCGUGGGAGAACUUUUCUCAACUAGUCGACGAAAGUCUUAAAGAGAUAUCCGACAACACAGUUUGGGGACCGAUAUUUGGCACCGGGAUUCGACCACUCGGCCCCGACCCGCCGACCACACGCCCAGCAGACGACAACUACACAUGGGGAGUGGGCGAGGAAGCAGACAUGAUCACAUUUCUCCCGAUUUUCAGUCCCAAGGAUACAUCCUGGACAUUCCCCGAUAUGAUCUGGAAUUUUCGAUACGGCCUCGACACCCCGCGUCGUGCUGCGGUCAUCACGAUGGGUCGAUAUUCAAGACGUCUUUUGGAUCUAAUUCAUAACGCACAAGCAACGAAAGGACUGGGCCUUGCGUCGGAGAUGACGGGUGCCUCAUGGGCCAUGUAUCACGGCCUCAAGGCUGUACACGUGCCCCAUCCGAUCUAUGCGGAUGGUCAGUGGACACCGGAUGAGCUGGCUCGCAUUUACAACCGGGGUGCACCCGAGAAUAUCAAUGGGGGACCGGAUAGUAUCUGGAACUUUGACCACCUGUACGACCAUAUCAUGUAUCGGCUUUCGUACAUGUUCACGACACAUACUGCGGAGGACUUGUAUCGGCGGUGGCUGGGAUUCCGAACUGCAGAGAAUGAAGGGGGGGAAGAGGGUAUGUCGUGUCUCCUGCUGGUUCCUCCUCAUGUGCUUGAUACUAACAUUGGGGUGUUUACAGUCAACAGAAAUCCGUUACGGUCGGCAUUGCUUCCCUUCGAUGUUUCUUCAUACUGUCAAGAAUACCGAGAGGAGAUUUGGGCCUGA